CCACCUCAGGCAGUGAACAUUACCCUUAAUGAGACCUCUCAAACCUCAGUCCUAUGUGUAGCAGAUGGCAACCCACAACCCAACUACACCUGGAGCAGGUAUACACUUCUAUGUAAACUAGUUCAAGGGUAAAUCCAUUUGAUUUCAAUCACUUUGACAGUACCACUUUUGAUUUGAACAAAACCUUAUAAUAAUUUGCCAUUUAGCUUUCAUCCAAAGCGACUUACGGUCAUGCGUGUCUACAUUUUUGUGUAUGGGUUGUCCCGGGGAUCGAACCCACUACCUUGGCGUUACAAGCGCCGUGCUCUACCAGCUGAGCUACAGAGGACUUCCAUACAUAAAGUAUUUUUCCAUUGUAGAAGUGCUCAGAAGUUACUUUUUGGAUUCGAAUGCCAAAACAUUCAGGAGAUAAAGGUGCUCAAAGUAGACAGACCUAUUUUGCAUUUUCCACCAUACUGACAUCCAUGUCUUCAUCAUUGGAAAAGAUAAAUAGUUUAAAUUGAUAUCAUUUAAAUGUCUACAAACAGGGUUUCAAACUAUUUUGUAAUUUCUUGAAAACCUUAAACAUCAAAAAAAUAUGUUGUAGCUUAUACCCUAUUUUACAUCAUGUGAGAUUUUUGUGUUGUCUGCCAUCGGUUGAGACAAAUCAAAUCAAAUGUUAUUUAUCACAUACACGUGUUUAGCAGAUGUUAUUGCGGGUGUAGCGAAAUGCUUGUGCUUCUAGCUCCGACAGUGCAGUAAUAUCUAACAAGUAAUAUCUAACAAUUUCACCAAAUAUACCCAAUACACACAAAUCUAGUAAGGAAUGGAAUUUAAGAAUAUAUACAUAUACGGACAAGCAAUGCCAGAGCGGCAUGGACUAAGAUACAGUAGAAUAUUAUAGAAUAUAAUACAGUAUAUACAUAUGAGAUGAGUAGUGCAAGAUAUGUAAACAUUAUUAAAGUGACUAGUGUUCCAUUUCUUAAAGUGGCCAGUGAUUUAAAUAGGCAGCAGCAUCCUCUAAUGUGCUAAUGAUGGCAAUUUAACAGUCUGAUGGCCUUGAGAUAGAAGCUGUUUUUCAUUCUCUCUGUCCCAGCUUUCCUGCCCCUGUACUGACCUCGCCUUCUGGAUGAUAGUGGGGUGAACAGGCAGUGGCUCGGGUGGUUGAUGUCCUUGACUAUCUUGUUGGUCUUCCUGUGACAUCAGGUGCUGUAGGUGUCUUGGAGGGCGGGUAGUUUGCCCCCGGUAAUGCGUUCGGCAGACCGCACCACCCUCUGGAGAGCCCUGCGGUUGCGGCCGGUGCAGUUGCCGUACUCUCAAUUGUGCAUCUGUAAAAGUUUGUGAGGGUUUUAGGUGCCAAGCCAAAUUUCUUCAGCCUCCUGAGGUUGAAGAGGCUCUGUUGUGCCUUCUUCACCACACUGUCUGCGUGGGUGGACCAUUUCAGUUUGUCAGUGAUGUGUACGCCAAGGAACUUUCCACCUUCUCCACUGCGGUCGCGUCGAUGUGGAUAGGGGGGUGCACCCUCUGCUGUUUCCUGAAGUCCGCGAUCAUCUCCUUUGUUUUGUUGACGUUGAGUGAGAGGUUAUUUUCCUGGCACCACACUCCCAGAGCCCUCACCACCUCCCUGUAGGUGGUCUCGUCAUUGUUGGUAAUCAAGCCUACUACUAUUGUGUCGUCUGCAAACUUGAUGAUUGAGUUGGAGGUGUGCUUGGCCACGCAGUCAUGGGUGAACAGGGAGUACAGGAGGGGGCUGAGCACACACCCUUGUGGGGCCCCAGUGUUGAGGAUCAGCGAAGUGGAGAUGUUGUUUCCUACCUUCACCACCUGGGGGCGGCCCGUCAGGAAGUCCAGGACCCAGUUGCAAAGGGCGGGGUUCAGACCCAGGGCCUCGAGCUUAAUGAUGAGCUUGGAGGGUGCUAUGGUGUUGAAUGCUGAGCUAUUGUCAAUGAACAGCAUUCUUACUUAGGUAUUCCUCUUGUCCAGAUGGGAUAGGGCAGUGUGCAGUGUGAUGGCGAUUGCAUCGUCUGUGGAUCUGUUGGGGCGGUAAGAAAAUUGAAGUGGGUCUAGGGUGACCGGUAAGGUAGAGGUGAUAUGAUCCUUGACUAGUCUCUCAAAGCACUUCAUGAUGACAGAGGUGAGUGCUACGGGGCGAUAGUCAUUUAGUUCAGUUACCUUUGCUUUCUUGGGUACAGGAAGAAUGGUGGCCAUCUUGAAGCAUGUGGGAACAGCACACUGGGAAAGGGAGAGAUUGAAUAUGUCCGUAAACACACCAGCCAGCUGGUCUGCGCAUGCUCUGAGGACGCGGCUAGGGAUGCCGGCAGCCUUGCGGGGGUUAACAUGCUUUUCCUUUUGUAGUCCGUGAUUGUCUGUAGACCCUGCUACAUGGGCGGGGGAGGGCCUUAUAACCAUCCCGGAAGUUCGAAUAGCAAUGGUAGAGUAUUUUAGCAGCGCGAGUACAACAGUCGAUAUGUUUAUAGAACUUCGGCAGCCUAGUCCUCAAAUUUGCUUUGUUAAAAUCCGUGGCUACAAUAAAUGCAGCCUCAGGAUAUGUGGUUUCCAGUUUGCAUAAAGUCCAGUGAAGUUCUUUAAGGGCCGUCGUGGUAUCGGCUUGAGGGGGGAUAUACACGGCCGUGACUAUAACCAAAGAAAAUUCUCUUGGGAGAUAAUACGGUCGGCAUUUGAUUGGGAGGUAUUCUAGGUCGGGUGAACAAAAGGACUUGAGUUCCUGUAUGUUACUACAAUUAUACCAUGAGUCGUUAAUCAUGAAACACACACCUCCGCCCUUCUGCUUCCCGGAGAGAUAUUUAUUCCUGUCUGCAUGAUGAACUGAGAACCCAUCUGGCUGGACCGAUUUCGACAGAAUAUCCCCAGAGAGCCAUGUUUCCGUGAAACAAAGUAUGUUACAGGCCUUGAUGUCUCUCUAGAGAGAAAUCCUUGCCCGGUGCUCGUCGACCUUGUUAACCAGAGACUGAACUUUAGCGAGUAGUAUACUUGGAAGCGGUGGGUGGUGUGCGCGCCUCCUAAGUCAAACUAGCAGGCGACUCCGAGUGCCUCUCCUCCGCUGGCAAUGUUUUGGGUCAGCCGCAGGAAUCAAUUCAAUUGCCCUGGGGAGAGCAAACAAAGAAUCUGCUUCGGGAAAGUCGUAUUCCUGGUCGUAAUGCUGGUGAGUUACCGCCGCUCUGAUAUCCAAUAGUUUUUCCCAGCUGUAUGUAAUGAUAUAAAACCCUUUCUGAGCUGAUGAUGUAAAAAAGAAUACAUAAAAAAACAAAAUAUCGCAAAGUUUCCUAAGAGCUAGUCGCGAGUCCGCCAUCUUCGUCGGCGCAUGUAUUCAACAUGCUCUUGAAUACAUUCAGGUCCAAAAAGUCAUUUUCUGACUACUUUUACCAUGGCAAACAUGUAUGGAAAGUUUUGUUUGAAUCAAAGGGAUGUAGUCAAAAAGUGAUUGAAUUCAAAUUGAUUUCCCCUCAAGCCAGUUUAAAUGCAAAUGUUAGCUGUAGUUGUUAAGACAUGCAAUAUAAAUGAGCUUGAAGCUUCAGUAUGUUCAUAUCUGAAGGACAGUUGUUGAAUUAUGCUGGCAUAUCAUGCCUUUGCCUGUCUGCUUAUCUGGUUUCACAGGCCUUGUAGGUGUUGAAGAUAGAGGUAGUAGUAUGAACACAUCCAUACACAUGAUCAUUCAUGCACACAACCAUACUGAACUCACACACAUACAAACACACACACACUCUCAUACAUUCUCCUCCACUCCCUCCCCAGAGUGGGCCAGCCAUGGCCUGGGUCUUCAGUGAGAGCAGAGGGAGACAUUCUGCACCUCCUCAGUCUCAGCUCUGAGCUGAAUGGUCUCUAUGUCUGUGAGGCCUCCAACCCCUACGGACGAGCAACUGGCUCUAUGUACACACAUCCUCUGGUGAGAAGCACCUGAGAGAGAAACACACAUAUAUUCAGACACAUAUUCUCUCACACACACACACUGUGUUGCUAAACUGAUUGCACUAAACUCACAGAGACCUCUGCUGCCUGUUGGGUUUUACAUCGUUGUCAUUCUAUAUCUGAUUGUUGCUGCUGCUGCACUCGUAUGGUACUGGUGGAAAUACGGACAGUUUCCUUGGUAACUUCACUUUCUAAAAAUCAAGCACUGAAAAAAAUGUAUUUGUAUUGAAUGAUCAUACAUUGAUUUUGCUUUCAAAUCCAUGUUUUCUUUUUCUGGACUAUAUUCCAGGCGUUCUCCAGUUCCAGGCACCAUCACGGGUAUGUGACUAUGUCAUGGUCCACCAUUGUUCUGUGACUAACCUAUCUCAGAGACUUUUUGCUAUGUAAUAAUACUUUUAUAAUGUCUAAUGAUAAGGUUGAGGAAGAUGAAGGGGAUGUAUCGGCUAUUUAACACUCCUAACCAUAUCCUCUUAUUACAUUUCGGGAUAUUUGAGCUAUUAUCUAUUCAUAAGGUCUAUUUAUUUUGUUAGCUCUAAUAAAUCGCCAGACGGAGUGAGGAGACAGAAGUCAUUGUGAAAGGCUAGUAGAGGUUAGUAGCUUAAAGUACUUGAUCAUUUCUCUAAAUAGAGUGGCUGCCUGAACUGUGUUUGUCCCGCCCCCAGGACACCUUUUCAGUGUCUAAAACUCCUGAUGUUCUGCGCAUGUGUUAAUUUACGCAAUAAAAGCAGGUCGAACAAAGGUCACGCAGCCUCAACCUUUUCUUAAACAAGUCACCAUUGACUUCUCUUAUCAGCACUGUCUGCUCUCUUCAACUCUCCUCUCUUCUACUCUCUUUUUGUCUCACAUCUUUUUUUUUCUUAUCUUCUUUUUUCCUUUUCUCUCUUCUCUCCACUACAGGAGAGCAACGCCCAGUCUCAUGGUCACACUGCCCGAAGAGCACAGCGCCAGUGUAGUCAAUACUUUGAAAGACUCAACUCAGGCUAUUGCCAGUACUAA